GGACAAAGAUGGGCCCUGAAGUCUCCAUGAGCAGACAAGAAGGCUGGACUUCGCAACUAGAACACCUUACGGUCCGGAACCAGAGAGCGACGCCAUUGUUUCUGGGAGGAAAAAGAAGAAAAAGCGCUUAACCCGGAAGUUGCGUGUCCCCCACGCGCCGGCCUCCCUGACGGGUGAGGCCGCAGAGGACUGCCCUUUCCCAAGAUGGCGUCAAAGAUAUGUUCGAGACGGUGGCUGUUGCAGCUGAUUAUGCAGUUGGGUUCGGUGCUGCUCACACGCUGCCCCUUUUGGGGCUGCUUCAGCCAGCUCAUGCUGUACGCUGAGAGGGCUGAGGCACGCCGGAAGCCCGACAUCCCAGUGCCUUACCUGUAUUUCGACAUGGGGGCGGCCGUGCUGUGCGCUAGUUUCAUGUCCUUUGGCGUGAAGCGGCGCUGGUUCGCGCUGGGGGCCGCACUCCAAUUGGCCAUUAGCACCUACGCCGCCUACAUCGGGGGCUACGUCCACUACGGGGACUGGCUGAAGGUCCGUAUGUACUCGCGCACAGUUGCCAUCGUCGGUGGCUUUCUCGUGUUGGCCAGCGGUGCUGGGGAGCUAUACCGCCGGAAACCUCGCAGCCGCUCCCUGCAGUCCACCGGCCAGGUGUUCCUGGGCAUCUAUCUCAUCUGUGUGGCCUACUCACUGCAGCACAGCAAAGAGGACCGGCUGGCGUAUCUGAACCAUCUCCCAGGAGGGGAGCUCAUGAUCCAGCUGUUCUUCCUGCUGUAUGGCGUCCUGGCCCUGGCCUUCCUGUCAGGCUACUACGUGACCCUCGCUGCCCAGAUCCUGGCUGUACUGCUGCCCCCAGUCAUGCUGCUCAUUGAUGGCAAUGUUGCUUACUGGCACAACACGCGGCGAGUUGAGUUCUGGAACCAGAUGAAGCUCCUUGGAGAGAGCGUGGGCAUCUUCGGAACUGCUGUCAUCCUGGCCACUGAUGGCUGAGUUUUAUGGCAAGAGGCUGAGAUGGGCACAGGGAGCCACUGAGGUGACCCUGCCUUCUUCCUUGCUGGCCCAGUUGCUGUUUAUUUAUGCUUUUUGGUCUGUUUGAUCUUUUGCCUUUUUAAAAUUGUUUUUUUCUUUUUUGCAUUAAGAGGCAGCUGGUUCAUCCACAUUUCUGGGCUCAGUGCUUGGGAGGGUGGGAGCCCUGGCAUCAUUGCCUCACAGGCUUUUUUCCUGUUUGUUAGAGCCGAGGCCAGCUGCCUCCUGGGUACCCUGUCCCUGAGAAGGGAGUAUGGCAGGGCUGGGAUGCGGGUCCUGAAAGUGGGAGACAGAAGGAAGAUGGAGAUCAGAAGUGAGCGAGUGUGAACACUUCCUCUUUGAACCUGGCAGAUGCAGCUGGGCUCUGCAGUGCUGUUCCGAGACUGAGAGUGAGUGUGUGCCGACACAGUGGUUCAGGCCCAGGAGGGGCAAAGGGGCUGAGCACUACAGAAGUCACAUGGGUUCUCAGGGUAUGCCAGGGGCAGAAGCAGUACCAGCUAUUGCUCACCUCGAGAGCAGCGCAGACCCUGGUCUGCUCGGAGCUGUGCAGGGGUGGAGCAGGCAGCGCCAGCCUUGCCCUCCUGUUGCCUCUGUUUCCAGCUCCGUGGUUGGCCUGGUGGGGUUGGAGUUCCCGCCCAAACACCAGACCACACAGCCUUCCAAAAAUAAACAUUUUAUAUAGACA